AUGGAAUCUAUGAGCAAUCGCCUCAAGAACCUUGGCUUUGGACGAAAGAGCAGUGUAAACAUUCAGACCACCAACCACCUCUCCCCGACAACCAACGGCGCUACCCCUACCCCUCCACAGAGCUCAUCCACCACGAGCUUACCUAUGAAUCCUCAGCCAAACCCUGCAGGUCGACCACCAAGUUAUUCUUACAACGUCGCAGGUAGGCCCACGAGCCCGCUACCGCCGGGCCAAACUCAGCUUGCGCAUCACCCUCCACCUAUCGAUACAACUCAGCGAUUUCCUGCCGCAACUCCUCCAAUGGCUCCACCCCAACCACCUGGGUAUGGAGGAUAUGCACAGCAUCCCCAGGGGGUCGGCGCGCCUCACGGCAUGAAUCAGUAUACUCGUCCAGCAGAAGUUGACGGAGGUGGGAGAUCGAAAGCGCAGCUGAUUGUUGGCAUUGAUUUCGGCACCACAUUUUCAGGAGUUGCAUUUGCCUUUGCGACCAAUACAGAGGCCAAAGAAGAUAUUAUCACGGAAUGGCCAGGAGCAGGUAAUCAAACGAAGCAAAAGAUUCCAACAGUGUUAUACUACGAUCAAUAUCAAAAGGUUGUAGGUUGGGGUCCUGAUAUCGCUGAUGCUCUCGCUCCGACUGGUUAUCCAAAACCUGGCGUACAGAAGGUUGAAUGGUUCAAGCUUCAGCUCAUGCUCUCCGGAAAUACUUACAUCGACCCAAUAAACCUUCCGCCUCUGCCACCGGGCAAAUCCGAAAUUGACGUGGCUGCCGACUACCUCUUCAAGAUUCGCCAGGCAAUGCGCGCACAACUUCAGAAAACACUGGGAGAGGUUUUCAACCGUGAAGAACGGAACAUUAGAUACUUCCUCACUGUACCGGCUAUCUGGAAUGAUGCUGGCAAGGCUGCAACAAGAGCUGCGGCCAUACAGGCGGGCUUUUUGCGAGAUGAGAACGAUACCAGGUUGACCUUGAUCACCGAACCAGAAGCGGCUGCGAUGUUCUGUUCCAAGACGGGUCUAUUGAACCUCAAGAUACAUGAUGCUCUUCUGAUCGUUGACUGCGGUGGAGGUACAGUCGAUCUGAUUGCCUACGAAGUUGAGGAGGAAACACCCUUCACGGUUGCGGAAUGUACAGCUGGUUCAGGCGAUUCCUGCGGCAGCACAGCCUUGAAUCGAAACUUCAGCAAUAUCCUGCGUGCCAAGAUUCGAAAGAUGAAACUACCUGACGGUUCUCGGACAGCCGGGCGUGUCUACGCAAAGUGUAUCAUGGACUUUGAAAACCGGAUCAAAGCCGAUUUCCGCAACAAUGGGCAGAAAUGGGCGGUUGAUGUUGGUAUUGAGGCCGAGUUCCCGGAAGCAGGCAUAGAAGAAGGAUACAUGACAUUCACUAACGAAGAGAUUCUGCAAUGCUUUGAACCAGUCGUGAACAGAAUCCUGGAACUUGUUCGGAAUCAAAUCAUUGCCAUCCAAGCGCAAAACAGAUCCUUGCAGAAUGUGCUUGUAGUUGGCGGGUUCGGCGCAUCAGAAUAUCUCUUUCAGCAAAUCAAACUCCACGUUCCACCUCAGUUCCAAUCCAAAGUUGUUAGGCCUAUGGAUUCGGUUGCCGCUAUCGUCAAAGGAGCCGUCACAGCUGGUAUCACAGAGCGAAUCGUCACGUCGCGGGUGGCGAGGAGGCACUAUCUUAUGGCGACCUUGCAGCCUUUCAAAGAAGGUCAUCAUCCUGAGCAGUACCGGGUGCCGAGUCUGGAUGGGAAAGACAGAUGCAAAUACACCAGGCAGAUUUUCGUUCAGAAGGGCGAAAGGGUCAAGAUUGGCGAGCCAGUAAAAGUGUCAUUCUUCCGACAAGUCGCACCCGGUGCCACGCUCAUGUAUGAGGAUAUUUUGUAUGCUUGUGAUGAGGAUAUUUGUCCUGAAUACACCAAAGAUCCACGUAUCAAGGAAGUCGUGACUUUAACCAGUGAUCUUUCGAGAAAGAAUCUUGAAAAGGACUUUGAGAGAAUGGAUACCCCCCAAGGCACUUUCUAUCGUGUCUACUUCGAUAUUUACCUUACUCUUGAUGGGAGCGAGUUCAAUGCCGAGUUGGUGUGUCAGGGUGAUGUGAUGGGGAGGUGUAGUGCGAGGUUUAGGUGA